AUGUCGUCAAGUAAUGCUACAACUAGAUCGACAGUUGGGUUUAGAUCGGGUUCAGGUAUAAUGAACCCAGACUUUGAGAAAUUUAAACCGGGUCAUAUCGUGAACGUCGGUUCUCAUAAAGUUGAAAUUGUGGCAUACUUUGCAGAAGGUGGUUUUGCUCAGAUAUACACCGUGAAGUUUAUAGAGUUACUUAAUGAAUUAGAUAUCCUUAACAAUGAUAAUGAUACAAAAAAGAAAAAUAAUAACACAUUGAAUGUAGGUGACAUUGCAUGUUUGAAACGAGUAAAAGUUAACGACGAUAACGGACUUAAUGAAAUGAAGAACGAAAUUGAUGUAAUGAAGAAAUUGAGUGGUUCCUCAAAUAUAGUUCAGUAUUACGAUUCCAAUGCAACUAAAUUACAGAACGGUUCAACAGGUUAUGAAGUAUUUCUAUUGAUGGAACUUUGUCCUAACAAAUCGCUCUUGGAUUUCAUGAAUGAUAGAUUAACUACCAAAUUAUCGGUUGAUGAGAUAUCUAAAAUCAUGUAUGAUGUAACAUUAGGUUUAGCUCAAAUGCAUUACUUAUCUAAACCAUUAGUCCAUAGAGAUAUCAAAAUUGAAAAUGUACUAGUGGAUAAGGAUAACAAUUUUAAAUUGGCCGAUUUUGGCUCCACCACUGGCAUCAACCCUAUUGCAUUGAACGACCAAGAAAUUGCCGUAGCUACUCAAGAUAUAUUUAUACACACUACUCCACAAUAUCGAUCUCCUGAAAUGAUUGACCUUUAUAGAUUUUUACCCAUCAAUGAGACAUCCGAUAUUUGGGCAUUGGGUGUAUUUUUAUUCAAAUUAUUAUUUUAUAUUACACCAUUUGAAAUGACUGGCCAAUUCGCUAUCGUCCAUGGUAGAUUUACAUUCCCAGAAAAUAAAUAUCCCAUAGAAUUCACUAAUCUUAUCACGGCUAUGUUGAUGGAAAAUCCACAUAUGAGACCAAAUGUUUACCAAGUAUUAGAGACGCUAUGUAGGUUUAGAAAUGUGGAUGUACCUUUAUUCGAUAAAUAUGGACGAGGUCCUUACAAUUUUCAAACAUGUUUAGAUUAUAAGAUAAAAGUGAACGAUAUACAGAAGAAUCUAUUAACAAUAGAACAAUCACACUUAAUGGGUACCUCAACUGAUCUUAAUCUAUAUAAUGAAAUUUUCACUAAUCUACACGAAGUGGUACCAAAAAUCAAUCAUCCUGAAUCACUAAGAGUUGUUGAAAAAAUAAAUGAAAGGAAAAUUUCAGAUGCAUCAUAUCUUUCAACUAACGAGAACAAACAAGAAAUUGUCAACAUACCUUUCAACAACAAUACCAAUGAUGGUACACUUACGAUAAGGAGUAACAGUAAUAACCCACAAACACAACCACAGCCACAGCCACAGCUACAACCACAAUUCUAUCAGGCCGGAUUAGAUGAAAGUAGAAUCAGUAAUGAAACAACUUAUUAUCCAAGCAUCAAUGAAAUAAACGACUAUGCGGCAAAGGAGUUUGGAGAUAAUGUAAAGAUUCUUCCAACGUCACAACCAGAAUUAACAUCAAAUAGGAAUACUACUAGUGAUACCAAGACGAAUUUUAAUAUGAUACCUACCAUUACUACUCAAAGUGAGAGAAAUGUAAAUACUUUUUUCCCGUCCGGGAGAAAUGAUUCUAUCCAUACUAACGUUCUAAGUAAUACCGGUAGUAAUGGUGUUGUAGAAGCUGGUCCUGAAUAUAAUGUUAAUAACGAACCUACUCGAAGUUCUACACAAAGUAAGGCUCAUAAAUCUAAUAACCCAUUCCCAUAUUUUAAAUCUGAGAAUAAUGUAUCAGAUAAUGGCCAGUCAUCAACUAAUUAUUUUAUCGAUACCACAAAUACUGACCAAAAGAAGAGGAACUCGUUAUUGAACCCUGGAAUGGCCGAAUUUGAGACUCAAAGUCCAACUACUUAUAAUGCAACCAGUCCUACAACGUAUGGUAAUUUACAUCCCCCACCAAACCUUGAUAAUAUAUUUGCCUCAACACCUAACAUGACUGUCGGAGUUCCACCAAAGAGUAAUGAAAGUAGAGGUAAACAGUUGUUCCGUAAUGCUGUACCUUCGACCAAUCAUAAUAACCACACUCCUACUGCAAGUACCACUCUAAAUCAACAACAAUUUCAAUUUCUCCCCCACUCCAACGUAGGGUUCACUAAUCAUGAUUCUUCAAAGUCGAAUGAAACACACUUCAAUACUCAAAAUAAUGAUAAAAAAUUGUCCAAUGUAGAUUUCCCAGAUCUAAUUGAUUUAAAGGAUACGACAGCGCCAACUCCACCACCUCUUCCUCAUAAAAAGCGGAAUGAUGAACCGAAUCUACCGUCAAAAGGUGAGCAUAAAACUCUUGAGUUAAGUAUCAAUGAAAUGUCACUUUCUCCAGAUGUUGGGGAAGAAGAAAGGUCCAGAGGUAUGAGACGAAGUAGAAGUGCAGGUAUUAGAAGGACCUAUGGCGAAGAUAGAGGCGGACCUCUUUCUGAUACAAAUGAUAUGGGUUACAAGAGUAGUCAUGGAAAUUCCAGUGUGGAUAUAGAUGGCAAUAAUGAUUUAAUGAGUGAAGAAAGUAUCUCUGAAAUGAAGAUUCCAAAUAUCAAGAGGAUGCUUGAAAAUGAUCUGGUUAGUGAACAUUCUAGCGAGAGUAUAGAUAUCAAUAUGGACGCAGCUAAACGUAAAUCUAGUUUGCUCAAACCGACUUCAAAGGAUUCAUCUCCAUCAAUUACAGAAAUAAACACAAAGAAUCAUACAAGAAAUAUAUCUUUAUUAUCGGAGAAUUCAGAUAUUGCUCCACUUAAGAAAUUCGAAGACACAAGAGGUAAUAAUGCUGCAAGGCCAGGUCGUCAUUCAUUGGACUUAAAAUAUGAGGAGAUCAACUUCACAAGAAGGAAUCAACAAUACCUGGACAAGACGUCACAAGGGAUCCAGAAGGUGAAAACUAACCCACACAACUUAACGUCAACCCUAAAUGACCCUCAAAGCAGUAACAGUUCGACUACAAGUAUAGACUCCAAGACAAGACCGUUGUCGAGAGUUCGUCAAUCGUUAGAUAUCGAUAGACUCCGAAAGGAACAGUUUGGAGGCAAAUCCAAGACAAGUAAACGUUCUCUGUUCUCCAUGUUUAAGUAA